AUGUCGCCACCUCCAAUCAAGCACAAGGCCCUUCUCAACGUCGAUCUAGGCGAAGCAUACGGUAAUUUCAAGUGCGGACCUGACGAUGAGAUUAUUCCACUUAUUGAUCACGCCAACAUUGCAUGUGGGGUGAGUUUCCCAUUCCACGCGGGCGACCCCCUGAUAAUGCUAGAGACGGUCCGCGCCUGUAAGAAGCACAACAUCAAAGCGGGUGCCCACCCCGGUCUCCCAGACAUUCAGGGCUUCGGCCGGCGCGAGAUUCAACUUGAACUGGAAGAAUUCACCGCCAUCACCACCUAUCAAGUUGGCGCCUUGAAAGGCUUCCUCGACGCUGAAGGCGUGCCUCUACACCACGUGAAGCCGCACGGAAAGCUCUAUGGCAUGAUGUGCCGCGACUACGAGAUCGCGAAAGCCGUCAUGCUGGGCAUCCCAAAAGGCGUCCCCGUCUUCGGCCUCGCAGGGACGAACAUGGAGAAAGCCGCCAAUGAUUUGGGCAUUCCGUUCUGGGCCGAGUUCUAUGGGGAUGUAAAGUACAACAAAGAUGGAUCGCUGGUGAUUGACAAGAAGAAGAAGCCUUGGAAUCUCGAGGACGUGAGAAAGCAUGUCAGCGAUCAGCUCAACACGCAGUCAGUGAUUGCAGUGGACGGAUCAAGAGUCGAGCUGCCGGUCAAAGAGUAUCCGAUAUCAAUCUGCUGUCAUUCGGAUUCGCCCGGGUGCAUGGAUAUCAUCAGGACUACGAAGGAGAUUAUUGACAAGUUCAAUACUGAGCAUGGGAGAUAG